AUGUCUCGCGAUUCCUUGGCCGCCUUCCGCAAGUCGCCGUCUUCGGACGACCUGGCCGCCAUCGCCGAGAAACACCUCGAACACGACCUUCGUGACUCGGACCGUGACCUGCUCAAGACCGCCGCCAGCAGGGUCGGCACGCAUGCGACGAUCGGCUCCGUCGUCGGCCUGGGACUCGGGUUCUUCCUCGCCUUCCGGCUGAGACGGGCCCGCGCCGACAUGUUCGCCGCGUUCCGGGCCACCGAGAAGCCGACACACGUCCAGUUUGCCAGCGGAAGAACAGAACCUAUCCCUGACGUGACGGAGAAGAUGGCGCCGACGAGGCUCGGCGACGUCGCGGCGUACUCGCUGCUCGGGCUCGGCAGCCUCUUCCUGGGGGGCGAGCUCGGCUUCUUCUCCGGGACGGCGUCGGCGGCCCGGACCAUCAGCAAGGACCCCGAGAGCCGCGCCAGGAUCGAGACGGCGUUUCGGAAGUUCAGGGCCGAGGCGCUGAGGAAGGAGGCGGACCGGCUGGACGGGGGCGAGAAGAUCCUCGACAAGAUCUUCUGA